UUCUAGGAUGGAUAUUUCAGGUAAAACAAUUGCCAUAAUCGGAGGAGGUGUAUCAGGAAUGGUACAAGCCAAGUGGUUACUCCAUUACAAGCUAGGAUGUAGGAUACUUCUGUUUGAGUCUAGAAGUGACUUUGGUGGGGUAUGGGACAUAUCUGGUCCUAAUGGUGUCAUGGAUUGUACUGUCUGUAAUGUUUCCAAAUAUCUGAUGGAGCUAACAGACUUACCCUGGCCUGAUGGUACUAUUGAUUUUCCUCAUCACUCUCAUGUAUUGAAGUACAUCAAAACCUACGCUCGCAAAUUCAUUGUUAAUAGCUCUGUUGAAUGUUAUUUUGAUAGCCAAGUUGUUUCUGUAAAGAGAGUGGAAAACAAGUUUACUAUAGAAAUUGUGAACUUAAAAUCUCAAUCUGAAAAAAACACUUUUACAGCAGAUCAUGUUGUAAUAGCAAACGGACACAGUGACGUACCAAAUUACCCUAUAUCCGGUGUUAACAAUCUAGACUUUGUCACACAUUCAGUUAAUUAUAAGAAUUGUUCGCAACUAGAACUAACCAGAAAGAAAGUAUUGGUAGUAGGAUUGAGUUUCAGUGCAGUUGACAUUGCAGUAGAUCUCACUAAAUUUGGUGGCAAUGAGGUGAGCGUGUUGACACGGAAGGGAAGUUGGUUUGGUCCAAAACGUGAUUUGAAUUCCAAUGCUCCUUCUGAUCUGAAACUUCCUCGCUUGUUUACAUAUCUACCUCAUAAAGUACUGAACAAGUUGAUAAAGAUAGCUUUUAAUUGGAAAUACUUCAAUCAAAAUAACUGGCAAAUUUCCAACAAAUGUGACCCAGCUGGGGGAAAUAUGGUGAGUUCAGAUGAGUUUGUGGAUUUAGUGCGGACUGAGAAAAUAUCUGUUAUACACGGUUCAUUAACGGAAGUUAACAAUGGCAAUAGUGUGUCAAUCGCUACUAACGAAGGGAACAAAUUAAAGUUAACAUUUGAUCAUGUGAUAUUCUGUACUGGCUAUAAGCCAAGAUUUGAGUUCUUAUCAGAUGGAUUGCAAGCUGGAGAAGGACAAUAUCCUGAUCUUUAUAUGAACAUGGUACCACUGAACACUCCUCUCCUCAUGUCUUAUAUCGGGUUAUUUAACAGCAGGUUCACCUCCCCCUUCCAGGUUAUAGACCUUCAGGCACAGUACAUUGUUGCUCUGUUGACUGGCAAAGUAAAGCUGCCUGAUCAAAACCAGAUGAAAAUGUCAGUUUCUAAAGAGAAAAAUGACCUGGCUACAAAUUGUAAAGCAUUCCGAGCAAGUCUGUUUUUACCCAUUGAUUAUAGAGAUAAACUAGCUCAUAUUAUGGGUAAAACUCCCAAGUUUUUGGAUUUGGUGUUAUCUCCAAAGUUGAUGAUUGGGUAUUAUUUUGGUCCCAUAACUUGGGCAGGAUACAAUUUGAGUGAUUCUAGACUUGGUGGUGUAGCUAAAGACUCACUUAACAGAACAUGUGACAGAGCCUUCGGUAAGAACUGGUUCUUGAAGUUGAAUUGUAUUUUGUUUGGAGGCAUUUUUUCUAUAACUGGAGCCAUCUUUUUACCUCAACACUAUCUUUGAUUUUUCAGAUUGAUUUUUAAAAUAACAUUGAGGGUUUAUAUGAAAAUUUUAAUUUCAGCAAUUUUAAGAAUCAGAUAUAAAUGUAACUUUGCUUGAUUUAAAAGGCCACCAAUAGGGGCUUUUGAGCAGUAUAGGUACACAUUACACAAUUUAUUUUAAACAAAAUAAAAUUGCUAUCCCUGGAAAUGAAACGAUCUGCACCUACUUAGUUUACAAUUAAAGCCAGACCCGCCUUGCAAUGACUUUCAGUCCUGCGAGCUCAACAGAUCAUGGCUGACCUAAAUAUAGUAUUAUGCCUUGACCUAGAUAUAAUAAAAUAUGAGCCACAGUUCAUUCUUCUACCUAAAUCUCUACACAAAAUCCUGCAUUGUAAAAAAAUCUUGUUGAAAACGGUUUAUAGAAAUCGUCAGCCACAACUUACACUACUAUGUAAAACUAUGUAAAACAAACUACACAGUAUCGGCACGUAGAUAAAGAAUGUGAAUGUAACAUAGCUCUCACUAACACAAUUAAGAAUUUUUUAAAGAACUUUAUUGUCUCAAUAUUUAAUACGUCCUCCCACUCCCCUUCUUUCAUCUUCUUUACGCUACAUAGAUAAUCAAGUUUCUCGAUCUUUGUUCUUCCUCAUUUACUGAUAUCACGGCUUCUUUCACAGUUUUUGCUGUAAGCUGAUUGUUCUGGGCGCUGUUCUUCCUGACGACAUCUGCCCAACUUAUCAUUUCACUUUUUACAGUUUUCUGCACCGAGUCGAUCUGACCCUGCUAUCUGUUUGUCAGCUGCUUUUGCAUGUCUAUCUGUUCUGUUUUCAUAUGAUAUAUCUUGCUAGCUGCAGACUUGCAUAAGUUCAUAUUGCUGUCCAUUAAAUGUACUAUGCUGCAGAGGAAAUUUACAAGCGGACCCUUAAGCAGUUUUUGUAGAACACCCUGGUUGAUAUCAGAUGAGGACGAGACACAUUCACGGCUUUCGUGAGCUUUCCAAUCUCCGACCGGGUAUCCUUUUCCACUGUGUUCCACAGAGAAAUCCAUCAAGUUAGCGUGGCGUGUUAUUUCUUCUACAGUAUGAUAAUCACGAGAUAAAGAAUCGAAAAUUCGAGAAUGUUCGUGUAUUUUCAGUCACUCGGGAUACGAUAUUUAAAGCCGAUUUUGACACACCUUUCCAUUUAUUAGAUUAUUUAAUACCUGCAGCGUGAGGUUUGUGUAAUAUAAGACGACACAGCACCGUCAGUAAAUUAGAUUUACCUUGUCGUGUUUACCUUACAAACAGUUUCCUAUUACACAUAACCUUCACUGCAUCUGUAUCUUGGUUAAUUAUCUUAAUUCUGUGAUAUUAGGUUGGAUUUUUGUAAUUUUGAUUUUUGAAUACAUUAUUUUGCUAAUUGUGAGAGAAUUCAAUAGAAUUUAAUAUAGUUUGAAUUUUCUAUUUAUGAAUUUGAUAAUUUACCCAAACAAUUACACGUUAUCAUUAACUGUGUAAUAAAAUGUUAUAUCAAUUUUAUGUGUUUGAUCAAAUUUUGUUGUAUACAUUUCAAAUCGUAUGUAUUAUUCUAAAACUUAAGUUAA